AUGUACACUCUGCAAAUACCACGGUGUUUGCCUACACUUACGAUUGGCGUCAUGCCUGUCUUUGCGCCUCUUUUGGACCUUUCCAAUGGGCGUAAAAUCCCUUCUAUCGGACUUGGCACUUUCAAGACCACUGAUCGUGGAUUGGUGCAGCAAGCAAUAUCCGCUGCUCUCGACGCCGGUUACCGACACAUUGACACAGCCUUCAUCUAUUCUAAUGAGGCCCAAAUAGGCGCCACAUUAAAGUCGAAAAUGUCGGAGAGUGGGAUUGCUAGGGAGGACAUCUUCAUCACCACAAAGCUUUGGGGCACAGAACAUCAUCCACAGGAUGUGAGACCAGCAUGUGAGGCAAGUCUACGCAGAUUGCAACUGGAUUAUGUGGAUCUCUAUCUUUUACAUUGGCCUGUGCAUUUGCCGCGCGAAUGUGAACCGCGUGGGCCAUUUACCCUGGAAGACACAUGGAAGGCCAUGGAGACUUUGGUGGACGCCGGUUUGGUGCGCAGCCUCGGUUUGUCCAACUGCAACCGCGCGCAGAUUGAUCGCAUUCUUGCAGUUGCGCGAAUUAAGCCGACUGUGUUGCAGAUUGAAGCGUCGGUGGGUUUCCUCAACGAGAAACUCAUCGAAUACGCACACUCUGUGGGCCUAGUGGUCACUGGGUAUGCGCCCUUCGGAUCCCCGGGCACCUCACCCGAGUUCCCGAAUCCCUUGGAGAUCCCAUGCGUGGUUGAAAUGGCUAAACGUCACGGCAAAACACCCGCCCAGAUUCUUAUCCGCCACGGCAUUCAACGUGAUCUCGUGGUCAUCCCCAAGAGUGUCACGCCCCAGCGUAUUCACGAGAACAUCGACGUCUUCAAUUUUGAGCUCUCUGCAGACGAGAUGUCAACGCUGAAUACUGCGGAGCCAAAACAGUGUCGACGAUUUUCUCUGAAGUCGUGGACAAAUAUGCCGGAAUAUCCCUUCCACGACGAAUUUUGA